UCUUUUCUCUUUCUUCAACAACUAGAGAGAGAGAGACAGACAGAGAGGGGUGAGAUCUGGACUCCGAUCAUCUCAAAAUUCCAAUCUCUUCCUCCACCACCACUAACCACCACUUCCCGCCUCCGCAGCCGGCACCGACGCAAUUAUUUUAAUCCCUCGAUUAACUCGCAAAGCGGCUACCAUGUCCAUCAACAUGAAGACCUUAACACAGGCCUUCGCUAAGGCAUCGGCCGUCAUCGAGAAGACCGUUCAAAACACCGUGCAGGAAGUAACUGGUUUGCCUAGAGCCAUGCAGGACUACGAACUCUUCGAUCAGAUCGGCUCCGCAGGCCCCGGCCUUGCCUGGAAAUUGUACUCAGCCAAGUCACGCGACGGCCACGUGCCUGCCGUCUACCCCACCGUGUGUGUUUGGGUGUUGGAUAAGAAGGCAUUAUCAGAGUCACGGCAGCGGGCCGGGCUGUCCAAAGCCGCGGAGGAUGCGUUUUUGGAUGUAAUUCGGGCAGACGCCGCUCGACUCGUGAGGCUGCGGCACCCUGGGGUGGUUCACGUUGUCCAGGCGCUGGAUGAAAGUAAAAAUGCCAUGUCUAUGGUCACAGAGCCGCUGUUUUCAUCCGCGGCGAAUACACUGGGGAAUUUGGAGAAUAUUCCCAAAGUGCCCAAGGAGCUCAAAGGAAUGGAAAUGGGAUUGUUGGAGGUGAAACAUGGUCUGCUCCAGAUUGCAGAGACAUUGGACUUCCUUCACAAUAAUGCACGCCUUAUCCACAGGGCUAUAUCACCUGAGAGUGUCCUCCUUACUUCAAAUGGAGCUUGGAAGCUUGGUGGUUUUGGUUUUGCAAUUUCAACAGAUCAGUCCUCAAAUGAUUCUGCCAGCAUGCAGGCAUUCCAUUAUGCUGAAUACGAUGUAGAAGACUCUAUACUGCCCUUGCAGCCAUCAAUAAACUACACCGCUCCUGAAUUGGUUAGAAAUAAAGCAUCUUCAGUUGGAUGUGCAGCAGAUAUUUUCAGUUUUGGGUGCCUUGCCUACCACUUGAUAGCUCGGAAGCCUUUAUUUGAUUGCCACAACAAUGUGAAAAUGUAUAUGAAUAGUCUGACUUACCUGACGAGUGAGGUGUUUUCCACCAUUCCGAGGGAGCUACUUCCAGAUUUGCAGAGAAUGCUUUCUGCAAACGACUCUUCGAGGCCAACAGCAUUGGACUUUACAGGUUCAUCUUUUUUUCGGGAGGAUACUAGGUUGCGGGCUCUUCGUUUCCUGGAUCAUAUGCUUGAGAGAGAUAACAUGCAAAAAUCUGAAUUUCUAAAAGCAUUAUCAGACAUGUGGAAAGAUUUCGACCCCCGUGUUUUGCGGUAUAAGGUUCUCCCCCCACUUUGUGCAGAACUCAGAAAUUUGGUAAUGCAACCUAUGAUUCUGCCUAUGGUUCUGACAAUAGCGGAGUCCCAGGACAAAAAUGAUUUUGAACUAUCAACCCUACCCGCUCUUGUUCCUGUCUUGACUACGGCUUCAGGAGAAACACUAUUGCUACUUGUGAAGCAUGCCGAGCUUAUUAUCAACAAGGCUAGUCAGGAACACCUUAUUUCACAUGUUCUUCCCAUGCUUGUUCGGGCUUAUGAUGAUACUGAUGCUCGUUUGCAAGAGGAAGUUCUCAAAAAGACUAUUACGCUUGCAAAAAAACUGGAUGUUCAGCUAGUCAAGCAACUUGUUUUGCCUCGUGUUCAUGGUCUGGCACUUAAAACAACUGUUGCUGCGGUGAGAGUGAAUUCUCUCUUGUGUUUUGGAGAGAUGGUUCACAUACUAGACAAGAGUGCCGUUUUAGAAAUCUUGCAGACUAUCCAACGAUGUACUGCUGUUGAUCAUUCUGCUCCAACACUUGUGUGUACCCUUGGGGUUGCAAACUCAGUAUUGAAACAGCAUGGCAUUGAAUUUGUGGCGGAGCAUGUUCUUCCACUACUCGUACCCCUUCUCAUAACCCAACAGUUAAAUGUUCAGCAGUUUGCGAAGUACAUGCUUUUUGUCAAGGAUGUAUUAAGGAAAAUAGAAGAAAAACGAGGAGUGACUUUGACCGAUUCUGGACUUCCUGAGGUAAGAAGACCUUCACAUGCAGCUGAGGGUCAUACAUCUGCACAAAUAAAUAAAACUGUUUCAACUGCUCCAUCCGGUACAAGACGCAGUUCGUCAUGGGACGAAGACUGGGUACCUGCAAGGGCAGCUCCAAAAGCCGUCCAGUCUUCAACUACAACAUCAACCUCUCAGCCUGCACCCCCACCAAAUCAGCCUGCUCAAGGCAACUCGAGAUAUUCCACACCCUCGGCCACAUCUGUUGCCCCCAAUCAACAACUGCCUUCUUCAUGUCCUGCAGUUGAUGUUGAAUGGCCACCUCGAUCUUCAUCAACAGUUGCAUCUCAAUUUGGCGACUUCGAAACCCCAAACGGAAACAAAGGCGCAUCAGAUUCAACUUUAGAUGAUAUAGAUCCUUUUGCUAACUGGCCACCCCGGUCUAGUGGCCCCACAAGCGUCCCCAACAAUGGCACUAUUGCACCAUCGAUUAAUAAAUAUGGGUUCAGUAAUAAUGCAACUACCACCAAUGGUUUGAGCUCUCAAUCUGCAGCGUGGGACUUUGGCACGCAAACUUCAAGCAAGUCCAAGAGCCAAAAUCAAGGAAUUAGUUCAUCACCAAAUGUUGGCGGUAGCAUUGAUGGACUCGGUUCUCAGAACUCUCUUGGGUAUUUGAAGCCAAAUGUUGGCAUUUCGCCUCCUGGUUCUUCCACCGAGAAAGCAACAAAUUUGGGAGCCAUUUUUGCUCCUAGCAAGAAUGAGCAUGUUGCACUAAGGCUUGCUCCGCCUCCAACGAAUGCUGUUGGUAGAGGAGUUCGAGGAAGAGGGAGGGGAAGUCCAGGCCAAACGAAAUCCAAAACUGAGCAGCCCCAGCUAAUGGACUUGCUGUAGUUGCUGGCGUUGCAUAUAUAUCUUGUUUUGUCUCUUUACAAUAUGUGUUAAAGGUACAGAUCAAAGUCAGUAGAAUAGCUAUUUUUGUUGUUAACAUCUGUUGUGGAUGGGAGAAAAAAAGAAAGUUGGCAUUUUUUGGUGCUUGGUGAGUUGUGUUGUUGCAUAGCAUAUAAUCUUGUUUGUAGCAUAGUGUGGUAUAGACUAUUUUUUGUCUACCUUUUCUUUAUUUGCUUAUUAAAUUUCAUUCAUUGUAUUCUUAGAAACAUGUAGAACCCUUUAAAUGGGACAGGAAAUAAAAAUUUGAGGUGAUAUUGUCCAUUCCAA